GGACGUGGUAGCCGUCAUACAGUAAAUAAGCAAGAUUAUAGCUAAUGAUACAGUAUUAUUUAUUAUUUCGGUUGUGUAAGUUGGAAACCAGAGAGAAUUUGCCGCCAAUUAUCAAAUGACUACCCGUGGCAGCGUUAAAUGUCUGUGAUGUUGAUGUUUUGAUAAAGGUGAGAGAAAGCGUAACACAAUUUUCCAAGAAUUUGGAGUCUUUAAAAUGACAUAUGUUUGACGAAAUUGAGAAGCAUGAGGCAGAUUUAACUGUUCAUUGAAGACCCCUGUCACCACGACUGAAGCGUGCUAAAGCCCGUCGGCAGGAUAAGUCAACAACAGCUGAAUGAUACGAAUUGUUCCUGUUCCUGCAAGGCGUCAACACUACUGAGAGGGUUACGCUGUAGUUUGCUUCGCAAGUGCAUAUAGUGGACUAGAAUCAAAUCAUCUGAAAAUAAAGGUGCAAAAUGGCCCAAAAUCCUGCCCGAAAACAGAAGAGAAAAACAUAUACAAAAGAAGAACUUCAGGAGUUGUCAAAAGAAGAACUGAUCUCAAGAGUUCUGCAGUUGGAAGCCUAUAACACACAAUUAAAGUGUUCACUAACUAAACGACUGAGUGAAGUGGAGAAUACAGUCAGUAUUGAAGAAACAAAGCGCAAACGAGCUUUUGAUUUUUCAAAUUGCUUUAAGAGGCAUAUUAUGUUGAAAGUAUUGUAUCUUGGAUGGAAUUAUCAGGGUCUAACAACACAGGAGGACAGCACUAAAACGAUUGAACAUGAGCUGUUUGCAGCUCUGUACAAAACUUGCCUUGUUGAAAGCAGGGAGACUGCCAAUUAUCAUCGAUGUGGUCGUACAGAUAAGGGUGUAAGUGCUUUCUGUCAGGCAUUCACAUUAGAUGUUAGAAGCAACUUGACUGAAGAGGAAGUACACUCAGGAAGCACUAACUCAGAACUACCGUAUCCAAAGCUUUUGAACCGUGUUUUGCCAAGUGACAUUAGGGUUCUAUCCUGGACACCUGUACCACAAGACUUCAGUGCAAGAUUUGAUUGCAAAUCUAGGACAUACAAAUAUUUUUUCCCUAGAGGAAAUUUAGAUCUACAGAGGAUUAGUGAAGCUACAUGCUAUCUGGUAGGUAGCCAUGAUUUUCGUAAUUUGUGUAAAAUGGAUGUAAAGAAUGGAGUAAUCAAUUAUAUAAGGGAUAUUCUUAGCAUUGAACUGAAAGUUGUCUCCGAGGAUCCUGCAAAAGUAGUAUCAUAUGACGUGUGUGUACUAACGGUAAAAGGAAAAGGCUUUCUUUGGCACCAGAUUAGAUGCAUUGUCGGUGUUUUGUUCUUAAUUGGUCAAGGCAAGGAGGAGCCCACUGUUAUAAAGGACUUACUAAACGUUGAUAUUAACCCACAGAAACCUCAGUAUUGUCUUGCUAAUGAAGUUCCACUUAAUCUCUUCCAUUGUGAAUUUGAUGAAAUGGGGGAGAUAGUGGACAAUGAUACACUAAUAAGUGUGAUACAUGAACUCCAGAGAAUUUGGACAAUUAAUGCUGUUAAAACAACAAUGGUGCGUUCUAUGUUGUGCUGCUUGCAAGAAAAUAUAGAGCAAAAUGCAAAUGAACAAAGUUCAUGCCUUCUUGAUGGAGUGAAACGCAAAGUUUACCAGCCGCUCUUUGAGAGGCCAAAAUGUGAUAGUUUGGAUGAGCGCAUUCAGCAUUACAUAAAAAAGAAGAAAAUUGAGCUUCCAGAAAAUGAGAUAGAAAAUGCGAAGUAGUGAUCAACAGUUUAGUUUGACAAUAGUAUAUUUGAAAUAAAUAUUGAACUUUUUUAGUAAUUGGGUAAAUAUUGAUGUAACAUAACAAAAUGAAAAAAAGUUGAUCUGAUGAGAAGAUAUUUGUUCAGCUUUUCUACAUACUUGCUUCAGCAGAGGCAGGACAUUACUAAUGGGGAAAAAUAAUCAUCUUGUCCGUUAAAUGAAUUUGUCCCUUUUUGCUGCCACAGUUUUGAUAUUACGGUAUAGGAGGAAAACAUUGCAUCUUUUAUGAAUUAUUUUUGUUGCAAACCCUGUAGUAAAAUUUGCAAGAGUCUCUUCUUCCUAAAAUAUUUAGUGAAUUUUUAAAUAGUAUGAAGCCCUAAAUGAGAUGAAGAUAGUUGUCUGCUUUCUUCACAUUUGUGAUGUAUUUAAAACAUUCCCUACAACAUCUGGUUGUGGAAGCAUGUUACAUUUUCUUUAUUCAUCACUAGUGCAUGACUGUUGGCCUUCAGUGUGUAUGGAGAAAGAAAGUCAUCAUUGGAUUCCACUAUUUCUGUCACAUUGUAUGUGCAAUGAAAAAUCAAGAAGCUACCUGUUUCCAAGACUUGGGCUCUAUAUGCAGAUUUUUUUGUGUGUGUAGUAAACAGCAAAUGAUAAAUGGACUGUUUGACCAAAAAUAUCACCUGUUGGUUCCACAUUUGUUCCUUCUUAAACUGUGUAGAGAAGAAAAGUAUCCAUUUCUGUGAGAUUGUGACCUGCGUCAUAUCCUUACUCCCGGUGGAGACUGACACAUUUGGCAAUUGGGAACAUCUGUUCUAUUCAGUUUUCUUUAUCCUCAUCAUUCACUAUGCAAGUGACUCAUAACUUUGGCAUUCUUCCUUCUAACGCCAAACCUUUAAACUAUCUCUGGGAGAUUACUUUACACCAUUUAGUUGAUUCUUGCCACUAUGUUUCCCUCAACAUACACCUGUAAAUCUCCUUUUCAUUCAUACUCCCUUGCUAUUGCUAUCAUUUUUCCAAUUUUUUGUUGUGAUUUAUUUAUUGUCUGUCAGGCGUUUUCAGACAUUAUCUGCCUGCACCAUUUACUACUUCUUUCCUUUUCAUCUUUGUUGCUCCAUUAAUACCUCUGUUUUGUGUUUGCCCAUCCACUGUCCUGAAAACUGCCCAACCUACCGUUUCUACCUUGUCAAGUUCACAGAUCUCGUCUGUUGCUGUUAAUACAUUGGAGACAGAAUUCAAAUACGCCAAACAGGGUAGCUGAACUCCAAAUUUAGCACAUUGCCUUGCCACAAUGAGUGCAACAAAUUCGAAUGAUGGGCUAUGGAGUUCAUAUCUGGUCUGUAUGUUCAUGUAUGUUAUAUCAGUUUUUAACGCCAAACAUACGAAAGCUUUUACCAAAACUUCUUUUUUUAUCCCAAGAAAAAAAGGAACUUGUACAAACUGUUCAACAUAAUUUAACGUCUUGUUUGUUUUGAAAUGCACAAACAAAGAUAAAAAUCCUAACCAGGCCAUUGCCUGAAUGUUUCAUUUCAGACACAUUUUGCUUCCUGCUCUUAAUGACGUCAGCACACACUUUGCAGAAACUUGUUGGGUGUGAAUAUUAUUAUUAUUAUUAUUUAGUAUGUGAUUUGUUUUUCUGGAAAUGUUUGCCACAGUUUGGAGAGGGUAAACUUUAUCUUUCAUCCAUAUUUCUUGUCUUGUGACACCUGCCAUGAACAGAAAAAAGCAGUUGUUUCCACCAUUUGUAAUGAGACUUCUUGAAGGGGUAAUAACCCAUCAUUAGCUUUUAUUCAUACCUCCUACUUUACUCUCACAAGUGUGCUACCUCCAGGCUGUGCAUUGCACAAGCAGUGAACCAGCAGGGGUAUAAGCUUUGAGAAGAAAUGGUAUGAGACUCGGAACAGAGUGGUGUUCCAGAAAGUGCUGUUGGGAACUGCAAAUUAUUAAGAAUAUGGGAACUGUAUGGCACAACAAUGCACAGACAUUAUAUAAGUAGAAGUUAUUGUACUGGGUGGAAUAGAAAAAAUGGAAGGAAUAACUGUAUCCACUUACUAUGUAGUUAAGGUAUUGAGUAGGAGCCAGACUUAUAUUAAAAGGUAAAAGUUAAUUUAUUUGGUUUCAGGAACAACUAUGCCAUUGAAAUUUGUUUCUGUAAUGUUAAAAUGCAGAGGUAGUUCAGAGAUGUCUGUGCUUGUUUGCCACCCAUUGGCUCAAUUAUAUGGUGAGGAUUUGUUAUAUUUUGGACUGUAUUAUAAUAUAUAGCAUUACAACAGUGGCUAUUCAACAGACUAACACAUUGUUAUAGUGACAUAAUAAUCUUGUGGUAAAUUCUUGAAUGUCAGUGUAUGAUAUGCAAGGCAUUGCUUUAAUUUUCUCACUAACUAAUGAAUGUAAUUAAAAUCCUUUUGUUUAGUGAUUGGUUACACAGUAUAUUUCACAGUGAUUAGAAUAAGUUAUUCACAUAUUGAUAGCCUCUUUGUAACUGAUAAAAUACCAGUUCCUUACUGGUAACUGUAAUGGAAAUUCCUGGAUAAAAGCAACAAACAAAAACAUGAAGAAAUGCAACCACUAAACUACAGUAAUUCCUUUCCUCAUGUUUCAGAUAGUGAGUAGUCUUUUUGUGGUGUACCAUUAUUAUAAUGUUCUAUGCUUAAAUUUGUUGAGCAAAUAUGUAACUCUGUGACUACACAGGCCCUUGUUGACUCAUUUGUCUCUUGUUCAAGCCUUAUCUGCCUUUUCCAUUAAUCCAAGUAGAACUUCAAGAAUAGUUUGAUCACUGGCUUUGUUAGUGGACCUUCUUUUUAAAUUAAUUGCAUUUUCAAGAACUCUUCCAAUGUCACACCUGUAACUCUUUUCCAACAAAUAUACUCAUUAAAGUUCGUAAUAAAUUAAAGUUGUGUGCCUGAAAUGGACUUGAGACAUCAGUCUUCUGACUGAUUUGAUUUAGCCUACCAUGAAUUCCUCUCCUGUGCCAACCUCUUCAUCACAGAGUAACACUUGCAACCUAUG